ACAGUGCAGAUCAUCUCCAACCCCUCGUCCUGCUCCUGUGACAGAGAGAGAGAGAGACGCCAACAUGAUCCUGCUCCUCCUUCUGUUCGCCCUGACCCUGGGUGCUGUGUCUCCUUCAGAUGGACCUGAGGUCAAGCUGCAGCGUGGAAACUGUCCCAUGUUCUGGUUCAGCUUCAACAACCGCUGCUACAAGUACGUGUCCACACAUAUGACCUGGGCUGAUGCAGAGCUCUACUGUGUGUCACAGGGAGCCAACCUGGUGUCUAUCCACAGUCUGGAUGAAGAGAAUUUCGUCACAGCCCUGAUCAAGAACUUUGAUCAUGCUGAAGGAUACACCUGGAUCGGACUCAGCGACCUCCACAAAGAAGGCAGCUGGAUGUGGUCUGAUGGUUGUGGAGUGAACUUUAGCUUUUGGUCCCCAGGACAGCCAAACAACUAUGAAGGAAGGCAAAACUGUGGUCAUAACAAUUUAUACACCGAAAAGAAAUGGAAUGAUGGAUUGUGUAGUGAAAAUUAUCCUUCUGUUUGUGCAUCUCAAAUAAUCUGUCCUCAGUGA